AUGCGUAUUGAGAACGAAGAAGAACAGAUGUUUCAAAACGUCAUUAACUGUCAUAUCUGUGGUUUUGAAUUGGGAGAUGACCGUGUUCGUGACCACUGUCAUAUCACAGGAAUGUUUCGUGGCGCUGCCCCUAAUGACUUCAAUAUGAACUAUGGUUUUACUUUACGCAUUCCCGUUAUUCUUAACAAUCUUCGUUGGUACAAGCCUCACUUGAUUAUGCAAGGGCUUGGGAACUUUAAGGAUGAAAAGAUCAACUGCAUCCCGAACAACAGCGAGAAGUACAUAUCCUUCUUCAUCGAUAACAUGGAUUUUAUCGACUCUCUGCAAUUCAUGAAUGCAUCCCUGGAAAAGUUAGUAUCCAAUGUAGCAAAGGACGGUGGUGAUAAGCUCCCAACUCUAACGAAAUACAUCGACGGCGAUAAA